AUUUUCAGUUAACAUGUUUGAUGAUGACUUUGAUUUAGGGAAUUAAGUUGAUUUGGCUAGCGAAGUUAAAGAAAUGGAAGUAAAAGCAAACACGUUGUAGGAGAAAUCACAGCAAGACAGAUAUCUGGGUAUUCAUUUGAUGGAUCACUCUUAGAAUUCAGCGAAAUGGUAUUAAAUUCCAUUAAAAUGAUGGAGCAAAAAUUUAAUGAAAUGGAAUCAAGAUUUAGCAAGGCCUUAUAGUAUAAAAAUAAAGAGAACGCUACAAGCAACAUUAGAUAAAAAAGUGUUUCUGUUGGUAAGAUAUACGCGCCUCCAAAAACAUCAGCUGGUAAGAUUUCUUUACCUAAACAUUAACCCCCACAAUUAAAGAAAAGCAUUUUAAAAACAAAAAAAUGA